ACCUGCAUUUGCGGCCGGGCCGGGCGCGCUUUACGGCCGGAAGGGCCGCCCGUGGCCGGCUGCGUUCGCGACAGCAGGGAGGAGGCGGGGGCGGCUCGCAGCCGCGGGGGAGGGCGGGGCGAUGCCCCUGGAGGUGGCUUGGCCCUUCCCAGCGGCCCCGCGGCUGCCCUGGGCCCUGGCCAGUCGCCGGGUCACCGGCCUGGUCGGCACCUACAGCUGCUUCUGGACAAGGCGCAUGAACCGGCUGCGAGUCCAUAACAAGGAGGUUCUGUAUGAUCUGGUCGAGCGGCGCCAGCCCGGCACCCCCCUCAUCACUGUGUCCAACCACCAGUCCUGCAUGGAUGACCCCCACCUCUGGGGUAUCUCCCUAGGGGGGCGGGUCUGGCUGAGCUCCCGCAGUAACUGCCCCCAAUUUCCAGGUAUAUUGAAGCUUCGGCACGUCUGGAACGUGAAGAAGAUGCGCUGGACUCCCACGGCCGCUGACAUCUGCUUCACCCGAGAGUUGCACUCGCGCUUCUUCAGCCUGGGCCAGUGCGUCCCCGUGUGCCGAGGGGACGGCGUCUAUCAGAAGGGGAUGGAUUUCAUCCUGGAGAAGCUGAACCGCGGCGACUGGGUGCACAUCUUCCCCGAGGGCAAGGUGAACAUGAGCCAGGAAUUCAUGCGCUUCAAGUGGGGGAUUGGGCGACUCCUGGCCGAGUGCCGGCAGCACCCUGUCAUCUUGCCCCUCUGGCACAUUGGUCUGAAUGAUGUGCUGCCCAACACCCCCCCGUAUGUGCCCCGUGUCGGCCAGCGGAUCACCGUUCUCAUCGGGAAACCCUUCAGCGUCCGGCCCGUGCUGGAGCGUCUCCAGGCUGAGAACAAGUCAGCGGUGGAGAUGCGCAAGGUGCUGACGGAUUUCAUCCAGGGCGAGAUCCAGGCGCUGAAGGGCCAGGCUGAGCGGCUGCAUCAGACAUUCCAGUGGCAGAGAUAGCCCGGGGGGGCGGCUGGCCUCCCUGCCCCACAGCUCCGCCCCACAUGCACGCUGGCCCCUCCCCUCUUCCCCACUCGCUGUCAGGCUGGCACCUCCCUGCCCAACACCUCUGCCCCACACGCCAGCCGGCUGGCCCAUUCCCUGCCCCACUCGCCGGCCAACCAGUCCAUCCCUGCCCCCCGUGAUAGGAGAUUGCCCCGUUGCUGCAGCUGCCCCUCACCCGCCAUGGGGCAGGGUCUGGUUGAGCAGUGCACAUGUGAGGACCCCUGGAAACCAUUGGAGCCUCCUGUCCCCCUGGACUCUUCCUGUGCUGUGCCCCCCCCCGGCCCCUACCGGUGAAGGCCUUUACAAAGGGGGUCAGCCCCUGAGGGGCUGCUGGCCACACCCCAUCCAAGCUGUGGGCGCCCUGCUGGGUCAGGCUGGAUUGGAAGGGGUGUUUCCUCCUGGGGGGGAAAUAACCCCUCCCCCCGGACAUGUAUGGGGUUCAAAGUGGGCUGCUGGCUCAACUCCCCUAAAUCAUGCAGAAAGACAGUGACUUGCAUGAGUCAGGAUAGGGGCCCCCGGCACCCCCCUCCUACUCCCUGCAGGCCCUGGCACCCAGCCCCUCCUCCCCCAUUUUUUUUACUCUGGACUUUUCCAAUAAAGGAUUUUAACCCUGA